AACCUCUUUCUAGCAGACGCGUUUUAAAAACUUUGAGGGGAAGUCUAAAAGGGAAAGCCCAAAGAAGACAAUAUAUGCUUGCGGUAGCUUGGACAUGGUUGUUACAGUUAUGCUAACUUAAUAUAUGCGUAAUUGUUCCUAUCUGAGUGUUAUCCUCUGAUACUUUGAUACUUUGUCAUCACGUUUAGCUGUUCCUAUCUGAGUUGUUAUACUUUGUCAUCGCGUAGUUGUUACAAUUAUGCUAACUUAAUAUAUGCUAGCGGUAGCUCGGACAUGAUCUCCUCUAAUACUUUGUCAUCACGUUUAGCUGUUCCUAUCUGAGUGUUCUAAUACUUUCUAAAGCAUUUUCUAUGUUCGUCCAUAUCAAAAACCAUUCUUUAUUGAUAAUACCUCUGAGAUUACACAUCAAAAGCACGUAGAAUCAAGUUCCAAAUAUAUAGUAUCAUGACCAAAAAGGAAGAAAAAGUAGUGCCAGAAUCAUUACAUCAACGUAUACAUACAAACCAUCAAUGAGAAAGCAGGAAAAUCUGACAUCUAAUGGCAAAGAAGCGCAACGAGGCAGACGAAAGUCGAUAGCAGAACUCGACCACUGGAAAAUGUCACCUGAAAUCCAGCCCCAGCAUCCAUAGCAGGCAACGGAGCAAGUCCUCCGCUGUCUUGAGCUCUUGCCACUGCAAACAGAAGCACCACAGCCACCGUGAACCACCUCGUCGUCGCCCUGUGGACACUGAAUCUUGCCAUUAAUGUCUGCACAGAAAGCUCAAAAGGCAAGAAAGGAGAGGAAGGAAGAAUGUUAUGGAGGUGUAAUAUCAAAUUUGGGAGGCAAUAUUUAUAGAGAUGAACUGAAUAUUGAGUUCAGUGAUAGUGAUGUUGCUUCUUUAGAUGGCUUUACAGCUCCUUUUGAGGAUGACAGGCAAGCAUUUUUGUGUUUCUUGCGUCUUGCUUCUCAUUCAAAGCCACUCUACCGUACUACUACUUGCCUUUUAAUACAGCAUUACUGUCGGUCUCAUGUCGGAUUGCUUUGUUCCUCUUCCUUACUUUACAUUCGGAGCAAUUCCAUUGCUUGAACUUGUCGGAGUGGAAUUUAUAUUCGUCGUUUUUAAUGCACUAGUUUGAAACCAUGUGCCUUGUCUUUUGUUGAAUGAAAA